AUGACUUCCUCGACUGUCACGUUAUCGUCUGAGACCCCAAGUGUUUCGUCGUCUUCAAUCAGACCUUCUUCAAGGUCAGCGGAACUGUCUUCUUCGACUGUGCCUUCUUCGAUCGUGACGUCUACGAUUGUGACUUCCUCGACCGUCACAUUGUCGUCUGAGACCCCAAGUGUUUCGUCGUCUUCAAUCAGACCUUCUUCAAGGUCAGUAGCGUCUUCUUCGUCUGAUGUGACUAUUACGAUUACGAUAUCUUCAACUGUCACAUUAUCGUCGUCUGAAACACUGCUGUCAUCGAUGUCGAUUGCAAAUACUUCAAGAACAAGGUCUUCUUCGACUGUCACGUUAUCGUCCGAGACUCCUAGUUCUUCGUCUUCAAUCACGGCUUCUUCGAGAUCAGCAGAGCUGUCUUCUUCGAUGGUCACUCCUACGAUUGUGACUUCUUCGACGGUCACGUUAUCUUCGUCUGAAACACUGUCGCCGUCGAUGUCGAUUGCAAAUACUUCAAGAACAAGGUCUUCUUCGACUGCUUCUUCGAGAUCAGCGGAGCUGUCUUCAUCGGAUGUGACUAUUACAGUCGUGGUUUCUUCAACUGUUACAUUGUCAUCAGAAACGUCCUCGGUAUCUCCUUCUUCGAUUGCGGAAACUUCGAGAACAAGGGAAUUGUCUUCAUUAACUGAAUCAACAUCAACGACAACAGAAUUUUCUACUUCAAUUGCAGAUACUUCAAGGACAAGAGUAUUGUCUUCCACGACACCAACCAUUAUCACAAGGACAAGAACCACAUCUGACACGGUUACUGUACCCACAUCGCAGUUGACACCUAUGAAAUCCAUCUUGAAUACUUCAAAAUAUCCACAAAAAGGGAUAACAACCAUCACUGAACAGUGUGAAGUGUGCACUGAAUACACCACAGUGUGUCCAGGCCCUAGUGGAAGUCAAACAAGCAAGGUUGUGGUUACAACAACAGGUACCGAAACGAUCACAACUACAGUACCAUGUGUCACGGAAACUGAACAUUGUGAGGUGUGCGCCGAGUACACUACAGUGUACCCAGGUCCUGGUGGAACUCAAACAAGCAAGGUUGUGGUCACAACUGCGGGUACUGAAACCAUCACGAGGACCGUCCCAUGGGUCACAGAAACUGAAUAUUGUGAAGCGUGUACCGAGUACACCACCGUCUAUCCUGGUCCUGGUGGAAGUCAAACAAGCAAGGUUGUGGUUACAACAUCGGGUACCGAAACCAUCACGACCACCGUCCCUUGUAUCACAGGAGCUCCUGUUACUGUCACAAUGGCGCAUUACACAUACACCUACCAACCAGGAGAAAGUGUGCCUACUGAAGCAACUUAUGAGACUCCUGUCCCCGGACCAGAAGCACCUACUGUCACAGUGCCUGGUUCAAAUCCCGAAGGAACUCCAGGUCCAGGUCCAGCUGCGGAAACACCUACCGUUUUUGGAUCGGUUCCAGCAAGCGAAACACCUGUUGCUCCUGGACCUGCUCCUACUUCACCUGGCUCCGCACCUGGUUCUCCUGGUUCGCCUUCUGUUGUCCCAGGUUCUCCUUGGUCAAGCACCAGCUCCACUUACUCGCCAACUGUCGCUGACGAGUCCGUUUCAGCUCUCGAGGGAAAGGCUUCAAGAAGCGGAACUUCAAUUCUUAUUGCGGCAUUAAUUUUAGGUAUCAUGACCUAG